GGACACAGCAGAUCACCGAUCACGGAAAGAGCCGAAGAUGUCGGCUCGGUCAUGUGAUCAGCUCUGUCCAAUCACAGCUGAUCACAUGGGACAUGUACACUGUUCAUCAGGGCACUGAUGAUCAGUGUGCUCUGAUGAUCAGUGUAGCCCCAGCAGCGCCACCUGUCAGUGUCCAUCAGUGCCUUGUGUCAGUGUGCAGUGCCAUGCCAGUGCCUUGUGCCAGUGCCCAUCAGUGCCACAUCAAUGCCACAUAUCAGUGCCCAUCUGAGCUGCCUUUCAGUGUCACCCAUCAAUGUCAAUCAGUGCCACCUAUCAGUGCUGCCAAUCAGUGCCACCUAUCAGUGCUGCCAAUC